GAGCUCCGGGCCGUGUGCGCAAGCGUGUCCAUCCCAGAGCCAGCCCCUUCCCCGCUCGCCGCCGCCCGCCCGGGUACCCUCCGGCGCGGACUUUCCCAGUUUCCCCGGCCAGCUGCGGUCCGGGCCUGUCCCGGGCCCCGGAGCCGCUGCCGCCGCCUCCUCCACGCCGGGCCGCCCGGCGCCUAGCGGAUCUGAGCGGCGUCCCCGCCUUGACCUGUCCGGCCGCCGGGUCCGCCCCGCCCAGAGGGUGGCCCGAGGCAGCCGAGAUGAAAGCUCUCCUUGGGAGCCGUGCUGCUUGCUGAGAAACAUGAUCAGCAAGUCUCGCUGGAAGAUCUUGGCCAUGCUGGCUCUGUUCCUGGUCAUGGCCUGGUAUUCUAUCUCCCGAGAAGACAGUUUUUAUUUCCCUGUCCAAAUGGAAGGGCUGAAGUGCCCUCAGGGUGAGGUGGAAAAGAAAGCUGCUCAACUCAUUGGCAACUACUCUCGAGACCAACCCACCUUUUUGCAGUUGAAGGAUUUUUUCUGGAUACAGACAACAUCUACCUACCAGCUGCCUUAUGGUGUCAAGGGGAGCGAAGAUGUGCUCCUGAGGGUUCUGGCCAUCACCAAUCAUGCCAUGCCAGAGAGCAUCCAGAAGCUGAAGUGCCUCCGGUGCGUGGUGGUGGGGAAUGGCCAUCGACUGAAGAACAGCUCUUUGGGGAACACCAUUGACAAAUAUGACGUGGUCAUCAGGCUGAACAAUGCUCCAGUGGUUGGCUACGAGAGUGAUGUGGGAUCUAAGACCACCAUGCGUCUAUUCUAUCCAGAGUCUGCCCACUUUAGCCCCAAAGUGCAGAACAACCCCGACACCCUCUUGGUCCUGGUACCCUUCAAGGCGAUUGACUUUCACUGGAUUGAGACCAUCUUGAGGGAUAAAAAUCGAGUGCUGAAGGGCUUCUGGAAACAGCCCCCCCUCAUCUGGGAUGUUAACCCUAAGCAGGUGCGGAUCCUUAACCCCUUCUUCAUGGAGGUCACUGCUGCUAAACUGCUGAGCCUGCCCAUUCGACCAUCCCGGAAGAUCAAGCAGAAACCCACCACAGGCCUGUUGGCCAUCACCCUGGCACUUCACCUGUGUGACCUGGUACACAUUGCUGGCUUUGGCUAUCCAGACUCCUCUAAUAAGAAGCAGACCAUUCACUACUAUGAGCAGAUCACUCUCAAGUCUAUGUCUGCAUCAGAACACAACGUCUCUCAUGAGGCCCUGGCUAUCAAACGGAUGCUGGAAAUUGGAGCCGUCAAGAAUCUUACUUGCUUCUGACUUGGGCAAGAAUUGUACCAGUCAGUCUGUCCAUCUUAUUGCCAGAGGAACCACUCUUGCAUGGGUAUGGGGAAUCCUGGUGCUUAUAAAAUACACUUGGACCCAAUCCUCUUCAGCUACAGGGAGAAGGCCCUGGGAUUGGCCAAGAGUGGGUUGGGGGCAGUGCCCCAGACUACAUAGUAUCCAUGAAGUCCAGGGCCCAGCAGGCUAUGAGGCCAUGGAGUCUUAAUGAAGAGUAUGGGAACCAAGUCCAGGAGUUAGGGUUGGUGCUUUCAUGACCACUUUCCCCACUGGGGUCAAGAGACUUUUUAAUGUUCUAUUUAAUUGGGGGUAUAGGGGGAUGGCAGGAAGAAUUGAUGCCUUAGCCACAUGGAAGGAGUUGUGGGCUGGUCCUAUAGUACUCCCAGGAAAGAGAGACAGGGCCCUCAUGGGCACAAUACAAUAUUUUUUCCAUUUUUUUAUACCUACACAAAUGUGAUGGGGCCUUUGAGGCCUGGACUCAAGAGUACAGACAGCCCAAGAAAUGGGCGCAGAUUCUGAGAAUGUUGUUUGGG